UUUAUCAACUCCGCGGUGCGCUGUUUUUGUUUGUGCAAGACGACGGAGUGAUUUUCGUGUAUUUUCGUGGGGAAAGUCUUUCGUUGGAAGCAAUGUCGUUCCAUCGGCGUUGUGGUAAGCGAAUUACGCUGGCCAAUAACAACCGAACGGCCAUGCGGAACAUCAGCGAGUUCAACCACGGGCUGGUGCUGAGCGCCGAGCCUCUGCAGGAUGAUGUCCUGUUUGAAGUGCGGAUUGACGAGAAGAUCCAUGCCUGGAGCGGAAGCAUCGAAAUUGGGGUGACAACGGUCAACCCGGAGGCAACGGAAUUACCCCCAUGUGCCACAAAGCUCCGCAGUGGAACGUGGGUAAUGUCCGGCAUAUCCGUUCUGAAGGAUGGACUCUCGCUGAUGGAAUACUACGGGUCGGAUUUGGAUAAAUUGGGGGAAGGCGAUCGAGUGGGAGUUGUUCGCACGGCCCAGGGGGAACUGAUUUUCUACGUCAACGGAGAAUCGCAAGGUGUGGCCGCGGUGGACAUACCGAAAAAUGUAUACGCUCUGGUCAAUUUGUACGGCAAAUGCGUGCAAGUAUCGAUUUGCCCAUCGGACAGCCUUGAGUACAGCAAUGAAAAUACGCAGAUUUCCCAGAACAUCGAUAUAGCAAUGUCGGUGGAAAUGUCGGUCAGUGCCAAUGCCAACGGGGGAGGGCCCUCUGGAUCCGGCGCUGGAUCGGAUCCGAUGGAUCCCAACGACAAGUUACGUUUCCAUACUCGAUGUGGAUCGCUGGUCAAACUGAGUGCAAAUUGCCGGACAGCAGAAAGGCGACGCCCCUUGGAUGAAUUCAAUAAUGGAGUAGUGAUGACUCAUCGGCCUUUGCGGGAUAACGAACUGUUUGAAAUUAGAAUCGAUCGAUUGGUAGACAAAUGGUCCGGAUCGAUAGAGGUUGGAGUGACAACGCAUUGUCCAGCAGCGUUACAGUUUCCUGCUACCAUGACCAAUCUGCGGAGCGGAACCAUCAUGAUGUCCGGCUGUGGCAUUCUUACUAACGGCAAAGGAACUCGAAGAGAGUACGGAGAGUUCAAUCUGGAUGAGUUGCGAGAAGGUGAUCGCGUAGGAAUGAUGCGUAAAUCGAACGGAAAUCUUCACUAUUACAUUAACGGCCGAGACCAGGGAGUGGCGGCAACAAGAGUGGCACAAACCCUUUGGGGUGUGAUCGAUCUCUACGGCAUGACAAUCAAAGUCACGAUCGUGGAUCGCGACGAACGUGAACAACAGAAUCUUGUUACCAGGCGAAACAAUCUUAUGAGUUUACCCGUUUCUGAACAGGAAUUAAUUCCAGCCAGUCCUGAAGUUGAUUUCAGUCAAUCGGAUCGAUUGCUUUUCCAUCCCAUGUGUGGAUCUCAUGCAAGUGUUACUCACAGUGGACGAACGGCGUUACGUCCGAAUGCUUCGGAUGAUUUCAACAAUGGAGUUGUACUGACUAGGCGCCCCUUAAGACCCAAUGAAAUGUUUCAGGUUCGACUGGAAAGAGUCGUCACCAAAUGGGCUGGCUCUGUGGAAAUGGGAGUGACCACGCACAGCCCAACAGAGCUAGAUUUCCCAUUUACCAUGACGAAUGUUCGCUCUGGAACGUGGAUGAUGACAGGCAACGGGGUGAUGCACAAUGGUAUGACAGUGAUCGAGCAGUAUGGGCAGAACUUGGAUCGUUUGCAGGUUGGCGAUCGCGUAGGAGUCGUCCGGAAAGAUGACGGAACAUUACACUUUUGGGUCAACGGCGUAGACCAGGGGCCAGCAGCUUCAAAUGUCCCGGAGAAGGUUUAUGGCGUAAUCGACUUGUACGGCCAAGCUGCUCAAGCAAGCAUCGUUGAUACUUCAGAGUGCGGAACACCGGACACUGGCAAUUCAACUAUCUCCAACACUACUCUGUUCAGUAGCGAACCAAAACUAAAGUUCCAUUCAGUGCACGGUAAAAACGCUCGAAUAUCAAACGGUGGAUUGACGGCCUGUCGCCCAAAAGCUUUGGCUGAGUUCAAUGACUCAAUCGUAUUUAGCAAUCGACCUCUCCGUCAGCGGGAAUUGUUCGAAAUUGUCCUGGAAACUGUGGUAGAUCAAUGGAAUGGCAGCAUAGAGAUUGGAGUGACUGGAAUUCGUCCCGAUGAGCUGAGUUUACCGAGCACGGCCACUGACCUGGAGCACGAUACAAUUAUGAUCUCUGGAACUACACUGAUGCGCAACGGAGUGACAAUUAGGAAUGAUCUUCCGUUUGAUUUGGAUACCUUAACCGCUGGCUCGCGAGUGGGAGUUAUGCGUAACUCGGAUAACAUACAUUUCUUCAUCAACGGCGUUGAUCAAGGACCGUACUACGAAUGUAAGGCUCCGAACUUGUACGCAGUCAUUGAUUUGUAUGGCCAGUGUGCUCAGGUCAGCAUUACCACGCCACACCCGGACAUUCGGGCACCGUAUGCGAUCAGUGAAAAUUCACAGAGCUUGCAAGCCACUUCGGUUAUUCAACCCGCUCUUGAGGCAAAACAUCGUUGGUCAUGCAUUUCCGGGAACGUCACGCUCAUGCAAAACUGGACAUUAGCAUCACGUUGUACAAACUCAGCUCUUUCACACUGUUUGGUCUUCUCGGAACGGCCACUUGUCGUGGGAGAGACCUUCGAAAUAAAAAUCACCGAGGUAAAUCCUCUUUACGCCGGCAGUUUGAAAAUCGGAGUGACUGAUUUGAAUCUCUCGGAUGAGCAUGUUCGUAAAAACAUUCCAAUAAGUAUGAAACGCAUUCCGGCCAACGUUUGGUACGUUAGCGGAAACGAAGUGCGUUACAAUUCGAAUCUGUUGCAAAAAUCUUUAGCUUCUUUGGACUGGCUGAGGGUUGGCGAUCGCAUUGCUAUAGAAUUAACGGCAUCGCGUACUCUGAAGAUCCUACUAAAUUCAGAGGACAUGAAUAUUUGUUUCCAGAAUGUCUCGGAAGAUAUAUUCUCAGUAGUUGAGCUUAUGGGUUCCACAAUGGCCGUUCAGGUAAUUUCAUCACAAGGACCGUCGUCUCCUCUUAGGCCAUGCAGCCUUAGACUUCAGGACUCACUCGAGCUUGGACUGGAUCCCCUAAACAAGCAAGAUUCGAUGCUGGAAUCGAUCGAUUCCGACAGCCUAUCGUUUGAAUUUUCCGAAUGUCAUGGUAAAAACAUCCAACUCUUUGAUGACAAAAAGUCUGCUUCAAGGGUUCAAUCUUACCACCAAGGAGUUGUCUGUCUCUCCAAGCCUCUUUGCAAGGGACACAGCAUAAGUAUCAAAAUCACGCAAGUGAACCCCAAAUGGAAGGGAACCAUAGCCGUUGGUGCUCUGGGUGUAUGUCCAGGAACCCAUCAGUUCCCAUUUCCAACAUCGGCCAUUCUGUUCCGGAGACCUUGCUGGAUUGCCACUCACGAUUACAUAAACAUCAACGGCAAUAAGACUCAAUCCAAAUACGCGGAAAUCUUUGAACAAAUUCAGGUAGGAACAAUUAUCACCAUGACAUUGAACCACGCGGGAAAUUUGAGCAUCGCCUUCGGUCAGACCCAGCUGGAUGAUUUAGCCGUCGGACUACCGCACCACAUUUAUCCGGUAUUCGAUGUGUACGGCAAAUGCGAAAAGAUUUCUAUCGUGAAUGGAGACGCAAAGAGCGGAAGUCCGAUCAACGAGGAGUUGGCCGCAAUGCCUGCAGGCGCGGUAGCCACCGGUGUUUCCGGAGGUUUGCAAAACGAAGUCGAAAAUAUUCCUCAGUGUGAGAAAGCUGACCUGGAAGUGCACGAAAAGGAAACGGAUGCAGCGGCGGUUUGCGCAUCGAAUCCAGGACCAUCAGCUAUGAGUCGAUCAGUAAUGGACAGUGUUUCGGAGAACCUAUUGAUGAACAUUUCAAUCAAAAAUCGUACGGCAAAUGAGGCGCGAAAUCACGAUUUAUCCAAUUCUUGUUGUCUACGGGACUCUCUACAGUUACAACAUUCCACGAAUCUCAACAUUCAACGAAGCCAAAGUACACAUCGGUUCAAUGCACUUCAGGGCAGUUUCGACAGUAAUCGUGGAGGCGAGCUCUCCCAAUCCACCAACUGUGACGAGGGCUUUGAAGAUUAUCGUUCCAGCGCCAACAGCAAUGGCCAGGCAAAUGCAACUGUCAAUACGUCGACGAUUGCUCAAACAGCCCAAGACAACAAUACCGAUCCAAACUAUCUGGAAGACGUGGACAGCAACAUAGACUUCAGUAUUCAACUAAAUGAGUCUGAACCGGAGGAGGAUAGCAAUACGAUUGCGAACAAUCGUGCCAAGCUAGGGCUACCAUUGCAGGCUUCUUGUUCAACAGCUCCAGAGCAUCAACCUCCGCCAUUGCAAUCGACUACGGGAACCAGCACGGCGGCGAGCCGUCGGGCCACAAUCGUUGAAUUUGCCGAUGAUCACAUGCGUUCAUCGCGCACAAAUUCUGUUUCUUCGUCGUCCAUGCUGAGCGUCGUCGAAAAUAAGGAUUGCGACUAUCUGAAGCUAGUGAUGGGAUUCAAGCGCACGUUGAUGCUGCCGGAAGUUUUCUUCGCUGGUGACAGUUUUGGUUGUUUCUGCGAAGGAUGCGCUCCAUCUCUGCAGAGUUCAAUGGUCAAGGGCUGGGUAAGGUUCAAGCUCAACCAAACGCUUAGUAGUGCUUGCGCGGUCAACACGGCAGACGAUUCAGUUUGGACUACGGCAUAUUACAAUGCGCGAGUGGAAAAAAUCCGGUCGGUUUUGGACCACGGUCAACCAUUGCCUAUUGAAUCUUGUCAAUUCCUGCCGGAUGGAUCGACGGUCGGUGAUCAUUUCGUGCCCGGAACGCACAUCCUACUGCAAUCGUCACCAGAUUCGAGUGAACGCUCCCAACGAUCAUCAUUCCACCGUUACAUGGCAAACAGUGUUUGCUACCGCAUUUGCGCUACCUUCGAGGUACGCGUUCGAUCUCAAUCGUUGUCGGCAAUAGAUUUUAACGAAUCAGCAGCAGCUGGUGGUACAGCGAGUGAAUCUUCUACGAAUGUCAACGGAUUACGUUACUGGACAACCAAAGAGGCGGAUGCCUGCGUAUUGACGGCACUGAUGGUCCUACUUACUCCGGUUUAGUCCGACGGGAAAAAAAAACUUCACAUUCUCAAGAGAUAUAUUAGACUGCUUGCUAUGGUUAAAAGUAUCGCUUAUAUCUGAUAUAUUCAUGUAUUCGUAAUAUGGUGUGCAAUUGUACUCGUACUAAACAGUUUGCUUGAAAAA